CAGCAGAGAUCUUCUUGCUACAGAGACUUCUGCAACACAGAGAUCCAACCAUGGCACCUACAAUUGCUGCACCAAUGACCACUUCAAUGGAUCAUUUGACUCUGACCCACAAGCUCAGAAAGCCUCUGGUGGAGAAGUUACGCAGAGAGCGAAUCAACACCUGCAUUGAGCAGCUCAAGUCUCUCCUAGGUCCAGAGUUCCUCAAACAGCAGCCAGACUCCAACCUGGAGAAAGCAGACAUCCUGGAGAUGACCGUUUGCUUACUGACGCAGCUACAGCAGCAGAAAAACCUGCUGACCCACUCCAACAAGCUGCAGACUGCCUCUGAUGAGAAGCUGAGGGAAGUUGACCUUUGUCUUCUGAGCUCCACAGUUCAGACCAGCAUCACCCAAUGCUCUCUGGAGAGAAAACACAACAGCGUCCUCUGGAGGCCGUGGUAGACCACUCACACUGGACUCCAUACCAGACAAGCUAAACAGA